UAUAUUUAGGCUUACAAUUUGAUUAGUUAGAUGAACAGUUCGGACGAAGACUACAGUAAAAAAUAAAUUCUUCUUCUCGCUUCGUUCACUUCCGCACCGCAGGGCCUCCUCGGUCACUCCCUCACAGCCUGAACUGCCUCCCGCCCAUAGCGCCAGUAUCAGCUUCUUCCCGCACUGCCUGGGCGCCGCUUCUUCCUCCUUGUAUCCUCCAGGCCGCCGCCGUCCAGGACUCAGCUAGUCAGCGCGACAGUACCACUGUUCCAAUCAGCGGCUCUGGGCCUCUCAGCAUCUGCUCAGAGUAGUUUAGUUUCCUCUGCAGACGCAAAAUGAAUGGGGCUGAACGACGAUUUAAUACAGAUGAAGUAGAAGACGAAGAAGAGGACGAUGACACGAGAGGUCUUCAAGCGUGGGAGAGAACCUAUGCAGAUGAGAGGUCAUGGGAGUCUCUACAAGAGGAUGAAUCAGGAUUUCUGCGCCCCAUUGACAAUAAAACCAUCUUCCAUGCUCAAUAUCGGAGACGCCUCCGCACUGCAACCAGUGCUCGCAUUCAAAAGGGCCUGAUUCGCUAUCUCUAUAUUGUAAUUGAUUUCUCCCGGGCAGCUACUGAAAUGGACUUUAAACCAAGCCGAAUGGUUGUAGUUGCAAAACAAGUCGAGGCUUUUAUUAGAGAGUUUUUUGAUCAGAAUCCUCUGAGUCAGAUUGGCCUGAUAAUGUUGAAAGAUGGGGUUGCUCAUUGUUUAACAGAUCUUGGAGGCAGCCCGGAGGCCCACAUUAAAGCUUUGAUGGGUAAGUUGGAGUGCUCAGGUGAUGCUUCCCUUCAGAAUGGAUUAGAACGUGUGCAUGAACUUUUAAGUCAAAUCCCAUCAUAUGGUCAUCGUGAAGUUCUCAUUUUGUAUUCCGCUCUAAACACUUGCGACCCUGGGGAUAUAAUGGAAACAAUUCAGAAAUGCAAGAAAUCCAAGAUACGAUGCUCUGUCAUUGGCCUCUCUGCAGAAGUCUAUAUAUGCAAGCAUCUUUGCCAAGAAACUGGUGGCAUGUAUUAUGUUGCAUUGGACGAGGCUCACAUAAAAGAGUUAGUCCUGGAGCAUGCUCCCCCUCCUCCGGCAAUAGCAGAAUUUGCAGUUGCGAAUUUGAUCAAGAUGGGGUUUCCCCAAAGAGCUGCAGAAGGUGCAAUUUCCAUCUGUUCUUGCCACAAGGAGACUAAAGUUGGCGGAGGCUACACUUGUCCAAGAUGCAAAUCACGUGUCUGUGAACUGCCAACUGAAUGUUGUAUUUGUGGCCUGACCCUGGUUUCUUCCCCACAUUUGGCAAGGCAACGUACCUGGCCCAUGUGUUGCUUGUCCAAAAUGCAAAAAACUCUUCUGCCUAGACUGUGACAUCUACGUCCAUGAGAGCUUGCACAACUGUCCAGGCUGUGAGAGCUUCAGGAUUUCUGCGCCAGUCAGCAACAAUAUGCAAGAAUAACAAAAAUGUAUCAAAGCUACUUCUUAAUCAAAUUUGAUUCUUGUUCCUCAAGAUGAAUGAGAGCAUGAGACUAACCAUGAUGAACUGGGGGAGGAAUGAACGUUCUAUUAAGCGGCCACCGCAGUACGAAGUCUUGCAUCAAGUCAAUAUACGUGGUGAAGACCUAUUAAAUCGUCGUUGUACGUCUUUUGCAGAGCCUUUCCUUAAAAACAUGUUCAUUUCGUUUCUCAUUUCUGCGGAGGACUUGCUGAAUUCUUGAUAUGCACCCAGCAGGUGUACACUAAAGAAGGGAAUUCAUACACAAGACGUUAAAAAUUUAGUGAUAAAUACUCCGUAUAAGUUAAGCUCUGGUUUUUUUAGAUCCUG